AAUUAUUUGAGCCAAAUAUUUUUAACGACUCCUCUGCCGUUGUAAGGACUUGAGAGUGAAGAAGAAACGGCGAAAUCGGGGAAGUAAUGGCUCUGGAGCUUCUGAAGCUUCCUUUCUCAAGUUCUUCUGCAACUCUUUUUGGUUUAUUCAAAUCGAACACAGGAAAGCUUAAUGUAAAAUAUUUCAGUAACCCUAUACAUUGUCCGCUCAGAACCUACGCUGUUGCUAAGUCUGGAAAUGUGCAACCACAUAAAAAGAAGAGGAGACUGGAUGAGAUCUGUCUUGAAAGGUUUCAGCAAUACAGCCGAACCUUCAUACAGUCAUGGAUCUUACAAGGCAAAGUGUUCGUGAAUGGUAAGGUGGUAAGCAAAGCAGGUACACCUGUAUCUGAUAAAGCUAUUGUAGAGAUAAAGGCUGAAGUUCCAAAAUAUGUAUGUAGAGCAGGAUAUAAGUUAGAAGCAGCUAUUGAACAGCUUGGUGUUGAUGUUGAUGGAAAAGUUGCUCUUGAUUCAGGAUUAUCUACUGGAGGAUUUACUGACUGCUUGCUUCAGUAUGGUGCAUCCUAUGUUUAUGGAGUUGAUGUAGGAUAUGGACAGGUGGCAGAAAAGAUUCGCCGAGAUGAGCGUGUUAGUAUCAUAGAAAGAACAAACUUAAGAUAUCUUUCUGCACUCCCACAAAAAGUUGACUUGGUGACACUGGAUCUCUCAUUCAUCUCUAUACUCUUGGUGAUGCCUGCAGUUGUCAAUGUCAUGAAGAACGAUGCUGCAUUGGUUACGCUGGUUAAACCUCAAUUUGAGGCCCUCCGAUCCCAGGUGGGUGGAGGUGGGAUUGUUAGAGAUCCUCUUGUGCAUCAAGAAGUUCUUGAGAGGAUCAUCAAUGGUGUGGAAAAUUUUGGAUUAUGCAGUAAAGGAUGGAUCGAGUCUCCUCUUAAGGGUGCUGAGGGUAAUACAGAGUUCCUCGUGUACUUCCACCGAGUUGGCAAGGAGAAGACAGAAGAGAGUGCCAAGAUUUGAACUCUAUGGUUGGUAAAACCAUAUUGAAGCAUGAAAUGAGACUUAUUUUGUCAACACAAGAAUAGAAAGGGUACCUUAAAGAAGCUUGCUUGUAACUUAGCCUACAUCCCACUUCCAAAGGUUGAGUACUGGGGAAUCCCGUACUUUUGAAACAUGCCAUGAGGCAAAUUUUGUAGCAUUAUUUAAUAAUAUGUUUAUUUUCAUA